ACUACUUAGAGACACUGCAUUUCUUCACUUCAUCCCUGAAGGUUGGAGAAGUUGAGCCUCAGUGACAUCUCCCAGUGGUCACCAUGCAGACCAUUCCAGAAAUGACCGAGCACAUCAAGAGCUUCAGCCUCAACGACUGCGCCAACAACCAGGGCUUCUCCCGCGUCCUCAUCCAGCUCUUUGGAUUUCUGGGUCAUGGGAAAUCGUCCUUCAUCAACACCUGUAAGUACGUCCUGGAUGACACCGAGUAUAAGACCUACGCUGAUGUGAAGAAUAAUGAUGGCGGCAACACCACGGCGAGGAUCACCUACCCGCUCACCGACACACUCACUCUGGUGGACAACCGAGGCUGCGCCAUCAUGAACGCUUACGAAACUGGGGAAAUAUUUGCACAAUUAGGUAAUUUGUUACCUCUGGAUCAGGAGGUGGAGUGGAGUAAGGACCUAAAGCUCAUGGACAGGAUUGUCGCAGCGGAACGCUUUGUACAGUCAUCUGAUUUCAUUUUUCCAAUAUUUGUCUAUAGUGUGAAAAAAGGACUGUCCUCUGAUGAAGUGCCAGAGAUAAAAGAUCUGCUCACCACAGCCAGAAACUUAACAGGUAUUUGCCCUGUGGUUGUUCUCACCCAUAAGACCCACUCUAACCUGAGGGAUGUCCGAGCUAAAUUCGAUGAUAUGGAUGUGGAGAGGGUCAUCGCUCUUGAAAAUUUCACCCCAGAAGAUCACUUAAAGACGAGGGGAAAACAUGAAGACGUUCUGAAGUUCUUCCUUGAAGUGAUUAAAGAUGUAAAGUUUAGAGUGGAAAGAUUUCCCGAUCCAGAUGGCGAAAGAGCGAAAAGGAAACAAUUUGUGCUCAGAUUUAUAUAUGAAAUGGAACUGAAGAAGAAGGAAGAAGAAAUGGAGAAAAGACGUAAAGAUGAAGAGAGACAAAGAAAUAAUCAGCAAGCACAAUAUCCGGAAAAAAAAACCUGCAUAUUACAAUAAAUAUACAGGGGGCGUCAUUCUUACAUCUCUAUCCCGUUCAGCCCAUGACUACAUGUCCUACCGUUUUGUGUCUACAUCUCCUUGCAGACCUUUGUAUUUCUAUGGUAACAGACUACAAAACCAGCCCUUUGUGGUCGGGUUCUGUAGUUACAGCCGAUGACUUAAUUAUUGAACAUGUCACCAUUUUCUCAAUAAAUAUUUU